GGUAUACGCUGAGAAUGCCACGCUCCUUCCUGGUGAAGAGUAAGAAGGCUCACACCUACCACCAGCCUCGAGUCCAAGAGAAUGAGCUGGUCUGGCCACCUGCCCUGACCCCUGUCACCAGGGACCAGAUCCUGAGCAACAGCCCUGUUCUCAGCACCUUGUUCCCAAACCAGGGCCUGGAUUGGACCAGCCUGAAACAGGAGCCUGAGCCAGAGCUGGAUCCCAGCUUGACAAGGAUGGUUGAGGCACCAGAGGGCCCUAUUGUGAUGUCCCGAGCCCAGGACAGUGACUCACCAUCUUCCGACUCACCCCCGUUCUACAAGCCCAGCUUCUCCUGGGAUGCCUUGGCUUCAUCCUACAGCCACAACUACCAGCAGGCCCCCUCCACCAUGCAGUCUGCCUUCCUGGAGCGCUCCGUCAGCUUGUAUGGCAGUCCACUGGUGCCUAGCACUGAGCCCCCCUUGGAUUUCAGCCUCCGCUACUCUCCAGGCAUGGACGCAUACCACUGCCUCAAAUGCAACAAGGUGUUCUCCACCCCCCACGGGCUCGAGGUGCAUGUCCGUCGCUCCCACAGUGGGACCCGGCCCUUUGCCUGUGAUGUCUGCGGCAAAACCUUCGGCCACACCGUGAGCCUGGAGCAGCACACACACGUCCAUUCCCAGGAGCGCAGCUUCGAGUGCCGGAUGUGUGGCAAAGCCUUCAAGCGCUCAUCCACCCUGUCCACCCACCUGCUCAUCCACUCGGACACACGGCCUUACCCCUGCCAGUUCUGCGGCAAGCGUUUCCAUCAGAAGUCGGACAUGAAGAAGCAUACCUACAUCCAUACUGGUGAGAAACCACACAAGUGCCAGGUAUGUGGAAAGGCCUUCAGCCAGAGCUCCAACCUCAUCACCCACAGCCGGAAGCACACCGGCUUCAAGCCCUUUACUUGUGAGUUGUGCACCAAGGGUUUCCAGCGCAAGGUGGAUCUCCGACGGCACCGUGAGAGCCAGCAUAACCUUAAGUGA